CUUAAAGUCUUAACCUUUUCUGCUUUUCCCCUAUGAAUCUGAUGCCGGGAGUUUGGAAAUUGGAGAUUCAUGUGGUUGCAUAUCCGCGUGCUCAUUUGCUGAUGCAGGUCUGCAAUGGGUCCGAAAUUCAACUUAAUUUACUAUUUUGCCUCUGGAUUCCAUGAGUGAGCCUCUGAGGAUGAGAAUAAGCCACGUUACAGGCGAUGGAAUAGGAGCGGAAAUGAACGAGAUGGAGAUAAAAGCAAGCACGCUAGGGUUUCUAAACAACCAAAUCUGGUUCAAUGUUACUGUGCCCCAUACCAGUGUAAGUAGUUUUCUGUGGGUGGAAAAAGAAGAGGUUGUCGUUUCUGCUUUCUUUUUUAUCCGGUUUAAUAAUCACAGGAAUAAAAAGAAAAAAAAGAUAGUAGCCCGUAUUACAGUACUUAUUGGAAAUUCUGAGGCUGCGGUGCAUCCUCGGAAUAAUAAAAGCAUAGUGUUCUGGUUGGGGGUUUAAGUAUCUGUUGUGUGGCUCUGGUUCUUCUGUUUGCCGUGGCUGACAUAUAUAGAAAGAACUAUAGAAGCAGCUGAGCUACUUCUGUGCGGACAUCUUCAGAUAUCUCUGUAUCACACCCGCCUCCUUUAUCUCACAUGAAUGUGCCCAAGAUCAUUGCAGUUCAGUGAUCCAUUACAAUUUUGUGUGUGUUGGUUGUAUUGUACGAUUGAGGGUUGGGAUUGGCUUGUCUUUGUAUUCUUGUUGCUUCCACACAUUUGAUCUUAUGUGGUGAUUGGAUUGGGUAAUUUCUGCUGUCAAAAGUAUUUGCUUUAUUUCACAUGAUUAUGGUACAAACUGAAGUAUGUUUUGUGGGUAUGAGAAAUCACGGAUUUCUUGAUUGUUUUGGUGUGCAUUGGGUUCAUGGAAUUAUACUUCCUUAACAAUGGAUGGUUCAUCUGAGUCUGAUUGGCAUAACUCAAAUAGUUCCAGAAAUCUGAGAUUGGUUCAUGGAAGCGCUGUGAGGUCAUCUACUAAUGCAUUGCCUGAUUCCAGGUUUAUCCCAGCAAGAAAGGGAAGAGUGAAAGCACUGUUGUCUCAUAUGAAUCAGCCUAGAGCCCACACUGAGUUUGUAAAGGGGGAGGUAGUGCCUAAUAGAGAUGGCAGGGUGGUUAGUUUGAGAAAGUUGUUGGACAAUCCAGAAAGAACAGUUGACUCUUUUGAAUGUUUGCACAUAUUCACUCAAAUUGUGGAGAUUGUUAAUGUGUCACAUUCUCAGGGAAUUGUCUUUCACAAUGUACGGCCCUCUUGCUUCAUUCUGUCCGCAUUCAACCGUAUUGCCUUUAUUGAAUCUGCAUCCUGCUUUAGUUCUACUCUUGGUUCACACGAAGAUAGGCUAAACAGCCAAGCAGCACAUUUUGAGGGUUCAAAUUCACCUUCGCCUCAUGACUCUGAACUUGAAGGAAAGAAAUCUGUAGCCCAAAGAUUGGAACAUCCGAGGAAUCCUACCAUUGCUUUCCCUAUAGUGACUGAAUCCGUUUUCCAACAGAAGAAACCAUGCCAAGCUAUUAACAGCCAGCAAAUCGAGGUGGAAGAGGAGGAGAACCAUUCUUUCCCCAUGAAACAAACAUUGCUUUUGGAAGCCAGUUGGUACACUAGCCCAGAAGAAGCUGCUGGUGCUCCAAGCUCUUGCGCCUCAGACAUUUAUCGACUUGGAGUCCUCCUCUUUGAGCUAUUCUGCACCUGCAGCUCACCAGAAGAGAAAAGUGUCACUAUGUCUAGUCUGAGACAUCGAGUCCUCCCUCCCCAGUUACUUUUGAAGUGGCCCAAAGAAGCUUCAUUUUGCUUGUGGUUGCUGCACCCCGAGCCCAGUGGUAGGCCAACUUUGGGUGACCUGUCACGAAGUGAGUUCCUUAAUGAUCCAAAAGAAUAUCUAGAAGACCGUGAAGCAGCAAAUGAGCUUAGAGAAAAAAUAGAUGAGCAUGAAAGGCUGUUGGAGUUUCUUUUGCUUAUGCAACAGAGAAAACAAGAGGCUGCACACAAUUUGAAUGAGACAGUAUCUUUUCUUUCUGCUGAUAUAGAAGAAGUUACAAAUAUGAAGACAACACUGCGGGUAAAGGAAGGAUCUGAUCUUGAAGCAGGUAAGGAUCCAGCUUCAAAUAGGAACAAUAAGGCUGAUGAUGAUGAUGGGAACACAGGAUCUAGAAAGCGAUUCAGGACAGGCAUUGGUCCCUGCUAUUCAGAUGAGUCUGGGGACCAUGCGAAUGAGUAUCAGAUUUCAAAGACAGUUGUUGAAGAUGAAGGAACUUUCCUCUCCAAAAAUUCCCGUUUGAUGAAGAAUUUCAAAAAUAUAGAGUCAGCUUAUUACAUGACAAGACGCAGAUGUGUAAAGCCGCUCGAUAAACCAUUGAGUAGACAUUCUCAAGUAGGUAGUGAUGGUAGGGUUUUAGCCGUAGCUACUGAUAGGAGUUCUGUCUGUAAUUUGUCAUCAAAGGGAAGCUACUAUAAUAAGGGAACACAGAGUGGAUGGAUUAAUUCGUUCCUAGAAGGCUUGUGCAAGUAUCUCUCUUUCAGUAAGUUAGAAGUGAAGGCAGACUUAAAGCAAGGGGAUCUUCUAAAUUCUUCAAAUCUUGUGUGCUCUCUGAGCUUCGACCGUGAUGGUGAUUUUUUUGCAAGUGCCGGUGUAAAUAGGAAAAUCAAGGUCUUUGAUUACAAUUCAAUCUUAAAUGAAGAUCAUGAUAUUCAUUAUCCUGUUGUCGAAAUGGCUAGCAAAUCAAAGCUAAGCAGUAUUUGUUGGAAUAGCUAUAUCAAAAGCCAAAUUGCUUCAAGUAACUUUGAAGGUUUAGUGCAGGUAUGGGAUGUUACAAGAAGCCAACUUUUCAUGGAAAUGAGAGAACACGAGAGGAGGGUCUGGUCCGUGGACUUCUCAGUAGCAGAUCCAACUAUGUUGGCUAGUGGCAGUGACGAUGGUUCAGUUAAACUGUGGAACAUCAAUCAGGCAAUUAUAUAUUUUUGAAUUUUGGGGAUGUCAUCUUUGAAACGAAGGUGGCAGUGUUGGAACCAUAAAAACAAAAGCAAAUGUGUGUUGUGUUCAGUUUCCUUUUGAUUCUGGUCAUUCCCUUGCAUUUGGUUCAGCAGAUCACAGGAUCUAUUACUAUGAUCUACGGAACUCUAAAGUGCCUUUAUGCACUCUAGUUGGGCACAACAAGACGAUAAGCUAUGUUAAGUUUAUUGAUUCAACAACACUUGUGUCUGCAUCAACAGAUAACACAAUAAAGCUUUGGGAUUUAUCAAUGUCCGCAUCUCGGACUAUUGAUUGCCCUCUUCAGUCAUAUACUGGACACACGAAUGUAAAGAACUUCGUUGGCCUAUCUGUAUCUGAUGGUUACAUUGCAACUGGUUCAGAAACAAAUGAGGUUUUUAUUUACCACAAAGCUUUUCCAAUGCCUGCAUUAUCAUCAAACAAGUUUACUAGCACGGACCCACUUUGUGGAGAUGCAAUGGAUGAUGCUUCACAGUUUAUCUCAUCUGUUUGCUGGCAUGGUAAGUCAUCCACCUUAGUUGCUGCAAAUUCAAUGGGUAAUAUGAAGAUUUUGGAGAUGGUUUAGUGCCACCAAUAAUCCCUGGAGGCGCAAGAACUACGUUGCAAGAUGGGCAGAGAUUGAUCGGGGCGGUAAAAAUGAAAAAAAAGGAAAUUUAAAUGCCUGCAAGCAGAGUUUUUGUGGCAUCUGAGGUGAAAUUUAUAGUAGGAACUGUGUGCUACAUCAACACAAAUGCAGUAAAAAUGAUUUUUGUAACUAGUCGAUAGUGGGAACCGCUAAUUUGGAUUUGAGAGAUUUUAGUCUUUUAGAUAACACUUAGGAGUGAUAAUGCUGAACAUGUAGUUUUUAGUCCCAUUUGGAAGAUUUUUUACUCGACUGGGAAUGGCUCAAUGAUGUGAGAUUAGUUCCAUUUUUAUUUGUACUAAGAUCAGUUCCCCUGCCAAAGGAUGUCCAAAAAUUGGUAUGACAGAUCAAAGGAAUUAUUGAUUCGUGGAUUGUCGAACCUUUAUUUAUAGUUUUUGAUCUAUAUUCCACAUGAGUUUAGUUAAUUCAAUA